AUGAAACUGAAAGAUGAAGGAAAAAUUCUGAAGGACGUUACUGCCUCACUCCUUCUAUAUUGAUUCAACCCCUCAACAUUGCCAUCUAUCAACUCUUUCUGCUUCUUCCAUUUUCCUUCUCUCUCUUCUUCUCUGUCUCUCUUUCUGCUUCACAACAACAACAUUGUUUCUCUUCUCAGUUCCUCUACGUUAACUUUGGUAUAUGACUCUCAUUGUUGCAGUAAAUUUACCAUUUUUUGCAGGUGAGAAUAAUCAGAUGGUUGCAUGCCCCUGUAGCUGAAUAGUUUAUAUGAGAGGAACAAUGGGCGCUUCUCCUCAUUCUGUUGAAGCUAGACACCGUUUACCUGCAUCCAUUUGGUGCAGCGAAGAUUUAUACAAACGUAGAUUGCCAAGAAGCAAAGCAAAAGAUGCAGACAAGCCUUUCCAUUUAUCAGUCCAAGAUAGAAGCUCAAGAUGCAAGUUGUCUUUCUUAAAACUCAUACUAUUGAUAACCAUAAGUGGCACUUUUGUAACACUUCUGUAUUCUCCAGAGGUUUACAAUACCAACCAUUUAUCAACCUCAGGAUCUCGGUGGAUAUGGGGUGGCUCAGAUCCUCGGUACAUAUCCAAUGUACACACUGACUGGGAUGACAUACUGAAAAUUACGGAUAAGCUGACAGGUCAAGAUGAACUUCAAGGAAUUGGGCUUGUCAAUUUCAACAAGACCGAACAAGUCCAUUGGGAACAUCUUAUUCCUGAUGCAACACAUGCUGUUCUGCCUCUGGAGUAUGCUGCAAGAAAUGUGACAUGGGAAUCCUUGUACCCGGAAUGGAUUGAUGAGGAAGAAGAAACUGAAGUUCCUGUUUGUCCUUCUCUGCCUACUAUUAGACCUCCAGGCAUAAGACUUAACCUGAUCGCCGUGAAGCUUCCUUGCAGGAAUGGAGGAAACUGGUCCAGAGAUGUUGCUCGUCUGCAUCUUCAGCUUGCAGCUGCUGGGCUUGCAACCUCUUUCAAAGGGAACUACCCCGUUUAUGUGCUCUUCAUCACCAACUGUUUUCCAAUACCAAAUCUGUUUUCAUGUAAAGAACUAGUUGGGCGUGAAGGGAAUGUGUGGUUAUACAAACCAAACUUGAGUGUGUUGAGAGAAAAAGUUCAGCUUCCAAUAGGGUCUUGUGAACUUGCACUUCCAAUGAGAGGCAAAGAGUUGGCUUACAAUGGGAAUGCUCCUAGAGAAGCCUAUGCAACAAUUCUACACUCAGCUCAUGUGUACGUUUGUGGGGCUAUAGCUGCUGCACAAAGCAUCCGCAUGUCUGGAUCAACUCGAGACUUUGUAAUACUUGUUGAUGAGACGAUCAGUGGCUAUCACAGAAGUGGUUUGGAAGCAGCAGGAUGGAAAGUUAGAACAAUACAAAGGAUCAGGAACCCCAAAGCUGAAAAAGAUGCUUACAACGAAUGGAACUACAGCAAGUUCAGGCUGUGGCAGUUGACAGAUUAUGACAAGAUAAUAUUCAUUGAUGCAGAUUUGCUCAUACUGAGAAAUAUAGAUUUCCUAUUUGGAAUGCCAGAAAUCACCGCCACUGGAAACAAUGCCACUCUCUUCAACUCCGGUGUCAUGGUGGUUGAGCCAUCAAAUUGCACAUUCCAGCUCCUGAUGGAUCACAUAAACGAGAUUGAGUCCUACAAUGGAGGGGACCAAGGAUAUUUGAAUGAAAUAUUUACAUGGUGGCACAGGAUACCAAGACACAUGAACUUCUUGAAGCAUUUUUGGAUUGGUGAUGAGGAAGAGAAGAAACAAAUGAAGACUUUGUUGUUUGGCGCGGAGCCUCCAAUUUUGUAUGUCCUGCAUUAUCUAGGUGUGAAGCCAUGGUUAUGCUUCCGGGACUAUGAUUGCAACUGGAAUGCUGAUAUCUUUCAUGAAUUUGCAAGUGAUGUUGCGCAUGCAAAGUGGUGGAAGGUGCAUGAUGCAAUGCCUGAGCUUUUGCAGCAGUUUUGUCUGCUGAAAUCAAAGCAGAAGGCACAGUUGGAGUGGGAUCGUAGACAGGCAGAAAUAGCAAACUACACGGACGGUCAUUGGAGAAUAAAAGUUAAAGAUAGACGCUUGAAGAAAUGUAUAGAUAAUUUGUGCAACUGGAAAAGCAUGUUGCGGCAUUGGGGAGAGACAAAUUGGACAGAUGACGAGUUUUAUACUCCAACACCACCUACCAUUACCACAGCAUCUCUUUCGGCUUUAUGAGUUACCAGUUGCCCUUUAUAAUUUCCUCGCAUAUGUUAAAAUUUCUUAGUGUUAGCAAGAAGGGAUGACGGAAACAUUUUUUUCCUCAUACAUAUUUUUUCAUGCAUAAAAAUGGUCUAUUCCACGCUC